AUGGCCAAGAACGUUGGAAUUCUCGCCGCCGACAUCUACUUCCCCCCUACCUGUAUUCAGCAGGAAGCCUUGGAGGCUCACGAUGGUGCAAGCAAAGGAAAGUACACUAUCGGACUUGGACAAGAUUGCAUGGCGUUUUGUUCAGAGGUGGAAGAUGUCAUCUCCAUGAGUUUGACAGUGGUUACCUCCCUUCUUGAGAAAUAUGGGAUUGAUCCAAAACAAAUUGGUCGGCUGGAAGUAGGCAGCGAAACUGUCAUAGACAAAAGCAAAUCUAUUAAGACCUUCCUGAUGACAAUUUUUGAGAAACAUGGAAAUACUGACAUUGAAGGUGUCGACUCAACUAAUGCAUGCUAUGGGGGAACUGCAGCUUUAUUCAACUGUGUGAAUUGGGUGGAGAGUAGCUCGUGGGAUGGACGCUAUGGGCUUGUCGUGUGCACUGACAGUGCGGUCUAUGCAGAAGGACCGGCCCGACCGACUGGUGGAGCAGCUGCUAUUGCUUUGCUGAUUGGACCUGAUGCUCCUAUUGCUUUUGAAAGCAAAAUUAGGGGAAGUCAUAUGGCUCACGUCUAUGAUUUUUACAAGCCUGACCUUGCUAGUGAAUAUCCGGUUGUUGAUGGAAAACUUUCUCAAACAUGCUAUUUGAAGGCUCUCGAUUCUUGCUACAAGGAAUUAUGUAAAAAGUAUGAGAAAUUGGAAGGCAAACAAUUUUCUCUGGCUGAUGCCGAGUAUUUCGUAUUUCAUUCUCCUUAUAACAAGCUUGUACAAAAAAGCUUUGCCCGUUUGGUAUUCAAUGACUCCGUGAGGAAUGCCAGCUCCAUUGAUGAGGCCGCUACAGAAAAGCUGGCCCCAUUUGCGAGCCUACCUGGUGAUGAGAGCUACCAAAGCCGGGAUCUUGAAAAGGUAUCCCAGCAAGUUGCAAAGCCCCUAUAUGACGCUAAGGUGCAACCAACAACUUUGGUACCAAAGCAAGUUGGGAACAUGUACACUGCAUCUCUUUAUGCGGCAUUUGUAUCGCUCCUCCAUAAUAAGCACAGCUCAUUGGAUGGCAAGCGGGUGAUACUCUUCUCUUAUGGAAGUGGCUCUACUGCUACUAUGUUCUCAUUGCGCCUAAAUGCCGGUCAACAUCCCUUUAGCUUGGGGAACAUUGCAGCAGUGUUGAAUGUUGGAGAAAAGUUGAAGUCAAGACAUGAGUUCCCUCCCGAGAAGUUUGUUGAAGUUAUGAAGAUCAUGGAGCACAGGUAUGGAGGCAAAGACUUUGUGACAAACCAGGACAUUAGCCUUCUACUUCCAGGCACAUACUAUCUUACUGAAGUCGACUCUAAGUACCGGAGAUUCUAUGCCAAGAAGGAAGGAGGCAGUACUGCUGCCGUCACCUCCAAUGAGAAUGGAGUGGUUGCCAACGGUCACUGA